GUUGCAGUGCUGACAGUUCCAUAUGCUUUAUGAGGAUUGAGGCUAGUUUGUAAUCAUCAGCCAAAUGUUUGCAAAAGGUGUUCACUUUAUACUGAGUUAUAGAUGAGAAAUAAAGCCAUCAAUAAGCCAAUGAAGCAAACCUUAUAAUCCAGCUUCUGAAUACAUUCCUUUAAGUUCAUGCUUAACCAUUCAGUUUUCAUAGUUUGGUUUUCUUUUGUUUUUUAUACAUGUGUGAAAUCUUUUCAGAAUUUGCAUCAACAAAUGUUUUUUUACAAACAUUCUAAAAUCCAGAUAUUUUUAUUAUUUUUAAAGGGUGGGUGUGUGAUAUUACAAUGCUUAGGAUAAAAUGGGAGCUGCUGCUAAUGGCCAUCAUAUGCUGGCAGAGAGGCCACACAGAUAAUCAUGAGGCUAAGAAGAGACUUGGGCAUGUGACUGUGGUAGUUGUGGGUGGAACAGGUGACUUGGCCAGGAAGUACCUGUGGCAAGGCUUUUUCCAGCUCUAUGCUGACCAGGUAGGCAAAGGACACACCUUCUCAUUUUACGGUGGGGGCCUUUCGCCGACCGAGAAGGGGACACCGCUGCUGUUUGGGAUCUUGAAGGAGCUGGCUUGUCCCCCGGAGCUCUCUGCAGAGCGCUGUACUUUGGUCAAAGACCAGUUCCUGCAUCUUUCCAAAUAUCACCAGCUGAAGACUACUGAGGACUACGAGAAGCUCAGCCAGCAGAUCAAACAGCAGCUAGGACAGGAGGGUAUGGUCGAAGCAGGGAGGCUCUUCUACCUGUCUGUUCCAGCUUUCACGUAUGCAGACAUUGCAGAGAAGAUCAACAACACCUGCCGCCCCCCAUCUGAUGCAUGGCUCAGGGUGGUACUGGAGAAGCCAUUUGGUCACGACCUUUACAGUGCUCAGGCCCUUGACAAAAAACUGUCAGACCAGCUGAAAGAAAAGGAGAUGUACAGGAUUGACCACUAUUUAGGGAAGCAGGUACAAUGCUAUUUCAUUAACACACUAUUAUUCAAAGGUUUGGCAUUGACAAGAUUUUUAUGUUUUAGAAAAAAGUCUCUCACCAAAGCUCAAUUUAUUUAAUCAAAAUACAUGAUUACUUCAGCACUUAUUAUCUAUCAUUCAUUUACAGGCCGGAUUCAGUUUUAUGAUCAAUAUGGCGUCAUCCGAGACGUGCUCCAAAACCACCUCACAGAGGUCAUGACCCUUAUGUUGAUGAACCUUCCUGCAAACCUGUCCAACAGCAUGGAGAUACUACAAAACAAGCUUAAUUUCUUGGCUUCCCUUCAACACGUAGAUAACAGUAAUGCGGUUGUAGGUCAGUACCAAGCUUACAAUGGAGAGGUUCAGGAAGAGCUAAAUAAAACAAAGGACUACUUCAGCUUGACCCCCACAUUUGCUGGUGUGGUCAUUCAUGUUGACAAUGUGCAAUAUGAGGGUAUCCCCAUAUUUAUGACCUCAGGCAAGGCACUUGAUGAACGGGUUUCUUAUGCACGUGUGCUUUUCAAAAAUGAUGUAUUUUGCAUUCAGGAUCCCAACAAUGUUCAGUGCAAAUCCAAACAGAUCAUAUUUUCUCUGGGUCACGGAAACCUGCAGUACCCUGCGAUUCUUAUCAGCAAGAACCUGUUCAAGCCCGAACUGGUAAGCAGCGGUGACUGGAAGGAGGUAACCGAAUACAAAGAUGUAAAUGUCCUGGGGUUACCGCUUAGUGACUAUUACAUCCAGUCACCGGUCACACCCAGAGAGGCUUACUGCGAGCUGAUCUCACAUGUCUUCUUUGGACGCAAGGAUAGCUUUAUUAGUGCCGAAGGACUCCUUGCUUCUUGGGCGUUUUGGACUCCCCUCCUUGAAGGCCUGAGUCGGGUCUUUCCACGGGUGUAUCCAGGUGGCGAAGCCAAUGGAAAUCUGCUGAACUUUCAGCUGCAGGGCCAUCAGGUUGCUUUUAGCCAUGAAGCCGUGGUCAACGUUAUCAACCCCGGUGCCAAAGACAACUUCCAAGUGAUGCAAGGGAAGUACCGUAGUUCUGAAAUGGUAUCUGCCUGGGCACAGGAACUGGUGGAGCGCUUGGCUUCUGAUCUACUCCUGGCUGCUGAGGAGGCCAUUCGUGAAGAAGGUCAGUUUCACCUGGCGUUGUCUGGUGGCUCCAGCCCAGUGGCACUGCUUCGUGCACUGGCCCUGAACCUCUACACCUUUCCGUGGCGCAACACUCACAUAUGGCAAGUGGACGAGCGUUGUGUGCCACAUACAGAAACAGGCUCCAACUUCCGGUCCAUUCACGAUCUCCUGCUUCAGCAUAUCCGCAUACCCUACUUCAACAUCCACCCCAUGCCUGUGCAUCUCACCCAGCGGUUAUGUGUGGAAGAGGACGGUGGACCAGCAUUAUAUGAGAAGGAAAUCAAUAAACAUGUCAACGGCUCCAGUUUCCACUACAUCCUGCUCGGCGUAGGGCAGGACGGCCACACUGCCUCAUUAUUCCAGGACACCAAAUUGGAAAAUGAUGAGGAACGGUUGGCAAUUCUGACAGAAAGCCCCAUUAAACCACACCAGAGGAUGAGUCUCACAUUCACAGCUAUCAAUAGGGCUCGAAGGGUUGGUGUUUUAAUUAUGGGCAAGAGCAAGCAUGAACUUGUCAGUCAACUCAGCCGAAUUAAGGGCGAAUCAUCCAAGUAUCCCAUUACCAAAGUACAGCCGAAGACCGGUACUCUUAUAUGGUACAUUGACUAUGAUGCAUUGUUAGGAUAAAUGGCCUAAAGACCAGUACAAAUUUGUCAGUGAAGCCACCUGCCAGGGCUUAUAUCUCAAAUUGAAUGUUGUAUUGUGAAUGAUUGAAGAGUAUAAAUUGAAGUGUAAUUUUCACACCAAUUGAGGUGUGAUAUGUGUGAGAGUUAUUUUAAUGCUGUGAUAAGGAUUUUGCCAUUUGACUGUGCUACAGAAUCAUUGCAUUAUAAACAAUUGAUCACUUAAAAUCUCAGGAACUCUAGUAGCUUUUUUCAACUAAUCAAUCUUAUAAUGAUGCU